ACACAGACACACAGCCAUUGCAACCGGCCAAAUCAAAAAGUAGUAGUUGUGUCUGGAGGGGUCAUGUCCUUACAGUCCCAGACUGAAAUGGCAGCAGGAUCUCUACCCGUUGUAUCUCUUCGUCUAUGGACAUUUCUGGUCAUCUCUACCACCGCAGCUGGGCUGAACCUGGAAGGGGAGCUGGUCAAGGACCUGAUGAUAGGCUACAACAAGAAUGUCCGACCCAUGGAGAAGAGUGGUGACAUCACAAAGGUCACCGUCAAGAUGACCCUCACUAACCUAAUCUCCCUGAAUGAAAAAGAAGAGGCCCUAACAACCAGCGUGUGGAUUGAAAUGCAAUGGUGUGACUACCGCCUGAGGUGGGACCAGCCUCCUCGCUCUGCCCUGUACGGAAACCUCACCUCACAGAUGAGGAUCCCCUCCAAAAGCAUCUGGCUGCCAGACAUCAUCUUGGAAAACAAUGUUGAUGGGAAGUUUGAGGUAGCCAUGUACUGUAAUGCUUUGGUGUCUCCGGAUGGCUGUGUGUACUGGCUGCCUCCCGCCAUCUACCGCAGCGCCUGCUCCAUCACCGUCAACUACUUCCCUUUCGACUGGCAGAACUGCAGCAUGGUCUUCCGUUCCCAGAGCUACAAUGCUAACGAGAUACUACUUGUUCUCACGGAGGAGGACAACCAACCUGUGGAGUGGGUGGUGAUCGACCCGGAGGCUUUCACAGAGAACGGAGAGUGGAUCAUCAAACACAGGCCCGCUAAAAAACUGAUCAACAAGCGCUACACUAAAGAUGAGUUAGAGUACCAGGAAGUGGUUUUCUUCCUGAUCAUCCAGAGGAAACCUCUGUUCUAUGUUAUAAACAUCAUCGUUCCCUGUGUCCUCAUCUCCUCCCUGGGUCUGCUCGUCUACUUCCUGCCUGCUAAAGCUGGGGGUCAGAAGUGUACCGUGUCCAUCAUGAUCCUCCUGGCCCAGACAGUCUUCCUCAUCCUCAUAGCCAAGAAAGUUCCAGAGACCUCCCAGGCUGUUCCUCUUAUCGGAAAGUACGUGGUUUUUGUCAUGUCCGUGACCAUAAUUGUGGUGAUGAACUGUGUCAUUGUGCUGAACGUGUCUCUACGGAGUCCCAAUACGCACAUGCUGACUAACAAGUCCAGGAAGAUCCUGCUGAACAUCGUGCCUCGAGUGCUGAGGAUGCAGAUGAGACUGUGGGCGCCGUCUGAGGACUGUGACUUCAGUGACGGUCACAGUAACGGUCACAGUGCCGACGGUGGGCGGAGCACAUUUCCCGGCAGGCGCCGCAGCUCUCUGGGUCUUAUCACCAAGGCAGAGGAGUAUGUCAUGAAGACCGCCCGGUCGGAACUUAUGUUCUCUAAACUCAGAGAGAGGGAAGGCCUGAUGAAAGCUGCACUAGAGAAAAUCCAUAGCGGUCUGGACGGUGGGACCGCCCAGGACCUGAGGGCCAGUCUGGCCCAGGCCUCACCAGAGGUGCGCCAGUGUGUGGCAUCCUGUAAACAUAUUGCCCAGAGUGCCCGGCAACAGAACAGCUUUGAUAGCGAGAAUGAGGAGUGGUUCCUGGUUGGCCGGGUGAUUGACAGGGUGUGCUUUAUAGCCAUGGUGCUGUCGUUCUUCCUGGGUACCGUUGGAAUAUUCCUGACAGGCCAUUUCAACCAGCCCCCCUCCGUUCCUUUCCCUGGUGAUAGCAGAUUGUACCUUCCUCCUACAAAGAAUAACACCAUUGAUGAAUGACACUGGACCCAAACUACAAGGGAGACACUGAAGGGAAGGACAUGAAUGUUCCAGAAACCAAGAGCCAGAACCAAAGCCAUGACAUGACCAGCGUUUAGCACAUGUUUUUGUGAUUGCAAAAAGCGUGUUAUGAGACAGACUCUUAACCCUGUGGGGCUGUCACAGGUGUUUCCAUCUCCAUGUUUGCUCAUUGACUGAGACAAUCAGAGUUGCGGCAGGAAAUGCGUUUCAGAAUUGAAUGUAGCGUUUUUUUAAACAAAUAUGAUACGAUUGUUUUGUAAGAUGAUUGAAUUUGUUAUGAUUUUGAUACUGACAAAAACUGUCAUCUUUUAUAGUGUGC